AUGCGCCUGAAGACGUUCCUCAUCGCGUUUUCGAUAGCUCUUCUUGCGCCAGUUAUCCAUUCUUUGAGGUUGGCCUUUUUUUUUUAACUUUCUCGGAUUUUAUUUUUUUGAUUUCCCUCACUUCCAAAAAAAAACGGGAAAUUUCAAUCAGUUUUAUAUCAGACCUUUUUAGCGCGCAUUUUUCGAAGGGUAUCUUAGUUUUGCGGUGUUUCUCAAGGCUCUUGUGUGUUACUAUUCUCAUAAUCCUCAAAGCUAACUAUUUUUUCUCUGCUUUGAAACUGUCAAAUCAAUAUUUUUACUCGCCUUGUUUCUUUGAAAACUUUGAAAGUAUAAAGUUACCCAGUGGUUUUUUUUAAUUUUUCGUGUAUUGUUUCUAAAUUCCAUACUUCUAAACCUUUAUAAAGAUCUUUUCAGUGAGAAUCAAAACGAGCAAAAAAAAAAUGAGAAAAUCAAAAAUAUUACAGCCUUAAAAUAUAUGAAAAGGGCUAGGAUACAAAAAAAUUAUGAAUUCAAUUAAACUUUUUCGGUGUAUCAAAAGAUCUUUUCAUGCGUUGAUCCCCAAUUUUAAUGCUUGAAAAAUCAAAACUUUCCAAACUAUUGGAGUCUUUAAAAAAAAGAUAGUUUUCAUUUUGUUCUUUUGCUUCCCUCGAAGUGAACUAUUUUUAGUUCAAGUACGAUUCGCGUUAUAUUCGCUCUCUCUUUCUCCCAAAACCUUUCAUCUCCUGUUUCAAGGAUGCACAGGUAUCGAACAAACUUCUAAUAACAGGUGUGUGAGGAAACAAAUGUCUUUUACGCUUGUUAUAAAUCAUCGCCGUGGCGACUUUCGAUUUUGUCGUGUUGCAGAUUUUCCUGCGGCGAUAAGCGUGACAAGCCAUAAACCUUAUCCAAAUAAUUUAUAUUGUGUGUAUCAAUUUUUUUGUGUUGAGUUUUUCCUGUUGAAAAGGGUUUUUUUUGGCUUUUAGUUUCGCGUUUUCUAAAACCUUUUGUUUUCGAAAUUCUUUUUUUUUUGGUUAUCAAAGAAGCAUAGAAUUAUUCCUUGAUGGUCCCAAUCAAAAAGCCAUUCUCGGUUUCAUUCCGGAAGGCUUCCGAGUCUUUGGAUACUGCAGAAAUUUUGAUUACUCAUGAAAAAAACUUGAUUGAUCAUUUGUUGGGUAAAUUUUUCUUUUUCACAUUUAUUUUGAUUUAGUGACAACAUAAUCGAAAUUCAAAAAAACAAUCAGAUUGAUUCAAUAGUUAAAGUAUUUCGAAUUCCGAAGGCGCCAACGCCUGAAGUUUCAAAGUUUCCGUCCAAAACUGCGUUUGCCAUCAAAGCGUCCAGCCGCUCUUUUGUUCAACUUCUCUGUGAUACUUUGCCCUCAACUCAAGUUUCCAAGCGAAUCGGCGUCAGCAAAGGCUCAAUUAGAGGUCCAGACCCCUUGAAAUGCAAGCCGCAGCACAUGCGGCCGCCGAUUCGCGCUUCGUGUCCGUUCGGUGGCUUUGUUUGACAUUUCGUCGGUCAACCUAAGCUUCUGCCUCUCAUCAGUUCUUCCGAUUCCAUGCGUCUUUUGUGCGUCGGAAUCCCGGUGACACACUGACCACUGAUUCCGUUUGUUCUCCGACGCAUGAUGAUGAGCCGAAAUAAUCGAAAUGAGCACACGAACCCGACAUUCUUUUGAUCUGAGGCGCUUGAAAAGACUUUCGAGCAUCUUUCUCGAUAUAACAGCAUCUGAAUAUGUUCCAUGAAAGUCUUGAGGUGGAAACUUGAGUCAAUUACAAACAUUUAGAAAAUUCCCGCCUUUUUCGAAAAACCCGGGCAAAAUAUUGUGAAUAAACCAUAUCAAGUCUGACUAACAGAACUUUUCUCCACCUUUUUUUCUUCCUUUUAAAAGUCUUUUUACAACAUAGAUGAAUUGAGAACGUUUCGAUAAUUUUUAAAAUAACCGAAAAUAGAAAAAAGUAUACAAGGAAAAAGUACAAACUUUGAGUCGAUGAUAUCAUUUUUUUUCUAGUAAAUUUUUCUUUCAGAUCAGCAAAUGAUUUCUUCGACGCUUUUUUCAGAAGGUUUCAAUUGCAACACGCGUUUUUGAGCUUCGCUUGAUAGGAAAAUUAUUUUACUUUGCGUUGCAAUACUUUCUGCAACAUCUCAGUUUUUUUCUGAUUUGUUGUGGAAAUCAUUUUGACUUCGAACUGCAAUAAAAAAAUGCUCAGGCUAAAUUUUGUUUGCUAUUCAACUCUUUCGAAUUGCAACCAGGGCGAUUCUCCCCCCAUCUUGUCUAGAAAAAGUGGGAAACUUUGUCCGUUGAUAUUAUUAGAGGAUUGCAAUCCCUUUUCUUUCUAUGAUUGACCAGAGUUCCUGAAUGAAAUUCUGUGAACUUGUAUCCUCUGUACUUUUGAGCGCUUUCGGAGCUUAACAAACUUGAGAUCACAAAGAAACGACCUUUUGUCCGAAACACAAACAACUAGAAUGUCAACUUGCUUUGUAAGAUUUGCCACUGACGUCAGAACUUUCCAGCUAACAAGAAAUAAAGUUCGAAACUUUGAACCGUUUUGCAGUUUUUUUUUGAUCGGCUGAGUUCAGCUGAUGUUAUUGAUGGUUACUGCCAAUUAAAAUGUUAAGUUUGCAGAAUCCUUUUCUGCUAAUUUUCAAUAAUACAGCCCCAACUUUGCGACCAGUGGUAGUAUUGUUAAGAAAAUUCCGUCUGCACUUGUUUCGCGCGGCCUCCAUCCCAUUAUUCGAAUAUCGCUUGUGGGAAUACGCUGUCCUUUGCGCUCCAUUGCAAAAAAGCGAAACCAUCGUUCGAUAGUACAUGGGAAAUGUCGAUAAGAAGGCAGAUGUGAAUGGAAAGUGGGAAAAAAUGUGGACCUUUUUUGCAGAUGUCAGUGUACGACGGACCGCGGCGGCAUCCGGUGCUACUCAAAUUGGUGCGAAGUUCACAAUACCACAGACAAGGUUCUUGACUCUUUUAUCUGAGAGAAGAAGAGAAUAUUAGAAAAGUGUCAAUGACUGGUAAUCAGAAGGUUUUUACAAGCUCAAGUAAGAAAAAAAAAGUACUUUUAAAGUUCCAAAAAGCGAGAAAAGCUUGAAAAGGUUUAUUUUGGUGAAUCUGUCUCAGUUUUCUUGUCUUUUUUUUAAAUCUUCUUUUAACUGUUCACUCCAAAAUAUUUGAUAAGAAGUCUCAAAAAGUGCUAGAAAGAUAUGAAAUCAUUUAUCAUCUCUUCUAUAUCUUUGAAAUUAUUCUCUUAUUGAGAAGGAACGUAGGCUGGUAAUAUAAAUCUUGUUCGUUUUACUUCUAAAUUUUAUUUUGUUCUCUUUGAGAAGAAAUCUGAAUAAUUUCAAAGGCAGCAUUUUUUGACCUUGUGAUUGAAUUGAUUAGUUCUUUGAGAGUGUAUUAAGUCUGAAACGAUAUUUCCCUCUCAAAUCCUCCCUUUCCAGGCGGCGGCCUGUGCGAUGGUCCGCAUCGGCGGCGUUCAGCAUUUCGCGUGCAUCCGCGUCAAUCACGCAAGUCCCGACUCCUGCAGAGUCGACCGCAAAAACGGCCGACUCCAGGUGCGUCUUUUUCCUUUUUUUUCUCAUCAAAUCGUUCGACUCGGUUCCGUCUCGCGUUUCGUUCAGCCAAGACAUCUGACAAGAAAAAAAAACGUUUUGAUGAGCCAUCCAAUUUGCCUCAUUGUUGUCGCAUUUUCUAAGAAACUUUUUUUGGCGCGUCUAUGACUCAUGUUGCCGAAAUUUCCCUCAAAUGGAAUAUUAUUCAAAUUUCGUAGUUUUCCUGAAGCGAAAUGGAAAAAGCAGACGAAUUCUUGCCAGAAACGAAAGCUUUUACUUUUUUUUUGUAAAGGAAACGAAAGAUCAAGUAGUGCAAAUACACCAUUGAGAGCACUUUUGCACUUUGAAGAUACUGUGUUUUUUUUUUACUUGAGAAAGGUUUUUCAUGGUUUUCUGGGAAUAGAAAGCUUACUGGAGUGUUCACAGUUUUGACUUUUCGUGUGAGAAAGGACAGCCUAAAAAAAAGGGAAGAAGGAAGAAGCCUAAAGAGCAGCUUGUAGGAGAAAAAAAAUCAAAAAAAGUGAAGAGUCACAAUUAUAAACCGCAGAAUUAUGUUUAACUUAUAAAUAAUCAGAUAUAAAGAAACAGAAAAAGUAAAAAAAAAACAGUGUUCAAACCUUUAAAUUGGUUCGAAAUUUAAUGCUUCAUCUUUGAAGACUUUGCUUAAGUUUUGUCGUUGAAUUUUUUUAUUGAUUCCUGCAGAUUAUAUCUCUGAUCUUUUCAAUCCUACUUCCUUAAAAUCUUAUCAGUCAAUAUUUGGUUGAACUGGGCUAUAAAUAAGUUAAAAAGAUUAUUUUACUGAUGCUUCAGAUCUUCUAUUUUGAAGCUUAUGUAACAUAUUUAUUUCUUUUGAAUCACAAGAUAUUUUUACUCUUCACAUCACUCAAAUUGGACAAUCGUAACACUAAUCGAUAUCCAAUAAGAUCUUUUUCUCAAAAAUUGCCACUGAAACAUUUUUUCGCCUAGAGAAGUUUAUGAAACGUCUAUUUAUAUAAAAGUUUUUAUAUUUCCAUUUUCAUAGAUUCUCGUCACACCGAUAUAUAUUGAACAUAUUUCUGGCUUAUUUAUUUUGGCGGAUUAACUCACAAAAGCCCACCUAUUGACUCAAAAGGGCAUUGAUAAUUAAACUCGGCAAACGGAACACGUUUGGCGCAUCUGUGCAAUGUUUGCUUCGGCUGCUGUUCGGUCGACAGUUAGUUCAACUGAUUUGGCUCUCAUUGUUAUUACGAAAAGCGGACGGAAGUGCUCGGUUUCCAGAGGAAAACUUUCGUUUCGUAACCUUCUGUUAUGUUUAUCUCUUUGAGAGACGAUUCGAAACGAUUCCAUCGAAUCGCCCACACAUUUCUUUUUGUUUUGUUGGACUCUCGGUUAAUUAUUUCCAAGGAUUGUGAGUCACUGAAUCAUGUGGAAGCUCUUCACGAGGGUUUUUUCUUCGAUUUGGUUCUGAGAGUGGAGCAAAUAAUACGGUACAACUCAUCAAAUAUUAUGAAAUCGGGAGUCAAUGUUGAGCAAUACGAGGAAAGCUUGAUGAUUGCGAAAAUUAACGAAAAUGUAUGAUAAUUUAUUUGAAAGUACUAGAGAAAUGUUUUCAUGGAUGUUGAACAUUAGUACUCUCUCGUUUCCAGGAGCUUACGUCACCAAAUUAAAAAUAUCUCUCUUUAAAAGGAAAUAACUUGAAGUUUGAGACUCUCAAAAGCUUCAACUGAUACUCGAAAGUUCUUCAACCCAUUUUCAUAAAAAAAAAAGAGUUUUUACAAAAAAAAAGUCGCAGUUUCUCAUAAAACUAACAAUAUCUUUUUGUAAUCAACGCUAGAUGUUAAUGAAGCAAUCUGAAAACUAUUGAAGAAGCUAUUCGUUACUUUAAAAAAGCCGCCAUCUUAUAGAGCAAAACAGGAAGAGUUUCAAAAAAUCAAAAACCGAGCACCUACUUUCCGAAUUCCUCACAUGAAAUCAAUGAAACCCGUCCUCUCUCCCUAAAUAUGCGUAAAGUUGUAAGGGUUAUUGCGGCACGUGGCCGUAAGUCACAUAACGGCUCUUUUUGGGGGUCGUGGCGAAAACAUGCGGCGCAUAAAAAUUCCCAUCCUCGUCGGCUCAGUUUUCGCUUCAAAACGCGGCGGACCGACGAACAAAAGACGCAGGUGCGGUGUUCUUGUUGACUUUUUACAACGGCUGGCGCGUCUUCAGUCUUUUUGAAAGGUGGCAAGGCCAUCCGGCUCUUCGGGUCAACGAUCGAUCUCAUGAUUUCUCUGAACUGUGGACUGGAUUUUAUAUUGAAAAAAGCUUGCAGACUCGAUGUUGGUGCCGCGCCGAAGAUUACUGCAAUGUCGACCUCGCUGAGCGUGUCGAAGACGGAGUAGAUUCUGAUGACUACAAUGACGACGACGAGGAUGAAUAUUCCAGCGUUAGUUUCAGCUAUUUUCCUGAAACUUAAACUUCAUUAGAGUUACGAAAUUUUCCUGAAGUCGACAGCAUGAAAGACACAUACCAGAAAAAAAAAAAGUAAAUCCACUGUGUUUUCACAAAAAGGAGCUGAGUAAGCGUUAAAAAGAAAAAAAUUUGUGUACUACCAAAUGUGAAGAAGUUUUUUUUCAAAUACUUCAGGAAAGUUUUUUUUGAGCUUUGUGAGAUUUUCAAAAGCACUCCAGUAACCUUCAUCAACAAAUAUUGACUAUUUACUACAAAAUUUUCAUGAUUCGCAUCAAUACUCUUUCCCUCAAACUAUCAGAUAUUUUGAUUUCCGUAUAGAUUCAAACGAAUAUUCAAAUUUUGAUCAUUUACAGCCCUCAUUUGCCGAAUCGGUCAAAAAAGAAGACGAGAUGAUCAUCGAGCAAACCUACGACAGUAAUGAUGGGUUCGUUGAAGGAUUUUGAAAGUCUAAGCUAAGCGAAUUAGAAUCUAUGAUCGUUGCUCAAUAAGUACUUUUGAUGUUCUGUCCCUUUAAAAAAAAACUAUUUUUGAAAACGCAUUUCAUUUCCAGCAACAUCAACCUCGAAAAAGAUUUUGAUGAGGACGAUAAAGACGUGAAAGAUUUCGCUAAAGAAAAACUACCCCCGAUGCCGGUCUAUGAACGGCGCAAGACUUCUCCAGGGGAAGAGAAAAAGUGAGCUCCUUUAAUAAUCAGUUGGAAUACGGAAAAUCCUUUUCUUCAGUGACAUCAAACCUUGGAGACGAGAAAAUACUCACGCUUCGGAAGAUUCUUGGCGUCCUCCGCCCCCACCUCCUCUCCCUCCUGCUCCAAGUUUCUUUUGGGGGAAAGACCUCGGAAGAAAUUCGAUUUUAGAAAAAGCCCUUCCGACGACGACGACAACUACAACUAUGACGACAACCACAACCAGAAAUUAUGAAGAGGAGAAACGGCGGUACGAGGAAGAGCUACAGCGGAGAAGACAGGAGUACGAGCAUCUGAAACGUCAACGAGAAGAGGAAGAACGACGGCAUGAAGAGCAACGGAGAAGACAAGAGGAGGAGCGGAGAAGGUUUACCUGAGAAAGUGACUGGAAGGAGUCUCUUGAGAGGUCUCUACCUGGGAAAAGAAGAAGCGUUAUUCUGCUCAGAACACACAAUUUUGCUGAAAAAUGAGUUAAGACACUUGUAGGUUCAUUUUUGUUAGUAAGAAUCUGUGAAAAAUAAGAUCGUUCUGCGCUUUUUCAGACAAUUUUUUCAAGUUUAGAAAGUCCAUAUUCUGAAACCGGUUGCAUGAGCAGUUACACAACGUAAAUUUGAGGGUAGAACAGUUUAAAGAUUGAAAAUUUUCAGUUUCUACUUUUGACUUGACAUAUGCUUCCUACAAGGCUCGCAUAAUCUAGAAUAAUUCAAACUUACCAUUCUCAACUCACUUACGGAGCAUAAAAGUAUACGAUCUCUUAGUUUCAAAAAAAGUUUCAUGGUUCAGAGCGCAAGCCCAACACGAAUCUCGACGGAAGUUUGCCGAAGAGAAGCUGUCUUGGCCUUUGCCACAGUCGCGCUCCGAGCAGCCGAAGCCGAAAGAAGAGUCGCGAGUCAGGUCCUGGCCGAACAUCGUUCGACCUCCGCAAUCUGAGAAACGCGAAGAAGAAGUCAAACAGAACGAAGAAACACCAGUCAAAUCUUGGUCAAGCAUCGUCAGUCCUCCAGAGGACCGCCAAGAAGCGCCAAAGACGCAAGAAAAUAAGCCGAGCUCUUACAAGCGUCCCUCGCAGUACCGUCGACCUUUCGAUUUGAAUCCCUCUCCUGUGAGUCUCAAACUUCUCUUUCCUCAAUCUUUCGACGUGUUUCAACGUUUUUUUUUGCAGAUUUCUAUCGAAAACUUCAACGCUAUUGUCUUCCCGCCGUCCACAAUACGCAGUCGAACAUCUUCGACGCCUACUCCAACUACAACCACAACUACAACCACCGCUAGCACUACGACUAGUACAACUACAACAUCAACAACCACGCCCAGACCUUCUACGACCACGAGUACAACGACGACAUCCACCACGACACUUCCCCCGACGGCUGAAGAACCUCUUACCGAGGUUCAUCUGAAGGUUCUCACCUUGAUACAUUUGUUCUUUCCAGAUCGCUCACGAAGGAGAUUAUGAGAGUGACUAUUAUGAAGAAGAUGUUACGGAGACGUCGACGAUUCAGACGACGACAAUGACGGCUCGACGCGUGACGACCAAGUCUCCACGAGUGCCGCCUUCGAAGCUCGAAGAGUACAAGAUCAUGAUCAAAUCCACUGUACGCAAUUCUUUUCCAUUUCUGGUCGCUUCUAUUUUUUCCUUGUUUCCACUUUUCAUUUGAAUAUCCUUAAUGUUUUCAUUUCGCUGAGUUGAAUUCUCAAAUUUUCCAUUGUUAUGAGAAAAACAAUUAGGUCUAAAUUAAGUUUUGUGUCUUUGAAAGAUCCAGAAAGCUGUUGCGAACCAAUUAUAAUCUUUGGAGAAAGUUCAGAACUUUGCAAAUAUUACAAAAAAAUAUCAUGUUUUUCCCCUUUUUUUCAAAAAAAGUUAAGGUAGGAUUUUUUUCGUGAAACUGCCAUAAGCCGCCAUAUUUAACCUGUAGGCCAUUUCGCUUUUUGAUUUUGGGUUUGUUUCACGUGUAUUUUCGAUUCUUCACUAGAAUUCUAUUUUUUUCAUUCACUUACAGAAAUUUUUUUUUCAAUCUCAGAAAAUUUGUACAGAAAAAAUCUUUCUGUCGUGUCUUUUUCAUUCAAAUCUCUUAUAGAGCUUUAACAAAUCCUUUAAAAUUUUUUCUUCGCUUUUUUUAUGUUAAUUUCAAUUUGCGGGUUAUGUCAAACCGUUUCCGAUUCUGCCCCUGUUUCACUGUGUCUUCCGGCCGUUGAUUUUUUUUUCCUAUUUCAUCAGAAUAUUUAAUAUAGAUAAAGUUAUAACACAUUAUAUAAUUGAUUAUCAUUCAUCAAUUUUUAAUUUAAAAAAAGAAAGAAUAAAAAAACAUGCUGUGAUAAGCACGCUCCAUGGAGAAGCCGCGCGCGCGUCUGCGUUGCGUUGCUUCUUUUUUUUAUCACUUCAUCCAAUCACCUAACAUAAUUGCCUAUAUCGCAGCGGGCCGCAGGCGAUAUAGCCAAUUCUUCUUGCUGCGAUUUCUUCAAUAUGUCGAUGCGACCUCGUCAAAGUCUCGCUGCCAUAUCGCUCCCUCUCAAAAUUUUAAAUUUGAAAAAAAUUUUUUUGCUUAAUUUUUGACUUUUAUGAUGAAAUCAAUCAAAUUCAAGUAAAAAACGUUUUUGAAGAAAAAAUUUUCAGAAAGCGAUAUAGCGCAAGACGUUUGCGAGAGGCGAGCGAUAUUGCUCGCGAGCGGUAUAGCAUUACUCUCGCUGCGAUAUAGUCCACAAUAUUGGGGAUAUUAUGGACUGUAUCGCAGCGAGAGUAACGUUAACGUCAACGCUGUGUCGCAGCGGAGCCGCAAUCCACAGCAACAUCGCCCGAAUUGCGCUGCGACCUCGCCAUAG